AUGUUAUCUGUGGCUUUGAAGUUUAAAUCUGUGUUUUCUGUGUAUAAGGAAAGAGAACCCCACUACAAUCACGAACCAUCAUCAGAGGAUUGGAGAAAAGUUGAGAAGAUUUGCAAACUUUUAAAAGUUUUUAAUCUUGCUACUCAUGUCAUUUCUGGUGAUGAUGCUAUCGAAGAUAGAGAUUCCUUCAUGAGAGAAAUGGCAACCUCAAUGAAAGAAAAGUUUGACAAAUAUUGGGGAGAAUGCAAUAUGGUAAUGUCUCUUGCUUGUGUUUUGGAUCCUAGGUGCAAAUUACAUGUUAUUAAAUUCUGUUUUCCUUUAAUUUACAAACCUGAGCAUGUGGCUGCUGAAAAUGUUGAAAAAGUGAAGAAUACAUUGCAAGAAAUGCAUGAUGAAUAUGCUGAAAAGUGUCAUGGUGAGACAAUAAUAAGUGGAGUUAAUACUAAUAGUCUAGUUGCUUCUUCUAAUGUGGUUAGUUCUGAAAUUAGUGGAAUCCAUGAAAUGUUGAAUAUGGUUCGAGAAAAAGAAGCCAUUCAUCCAACAAAAUCAGAAUUAGAAGUUUAUCUUGAUGAGAGUGCUUACAUUCCUGAAGGCAAUUCUAAGUCUUUUAGUGCUUUGGAGUGGUGGAAAAACAAUAGCUUGAAAUUCAAGGUUUUAUCCAAAAUGGUAGCGGACAUAUUAGCAAUUCCUGUCUCAACUGUCGCUUCAGAGUCUUCAUUUAGUGCUGGAGGAAGAGUUAUUGAUGGAUAUCAUUCUCGACUAAAUCAAGAGUCCAUUGAAGCUCUCAUUUGUGGAGGAGAUUGGCUUCGAAACAAGUAUGGUUUGAAGAAAAAACCAAAGGUGUUGGAACAGAAAGAUUAA